UUUGAAGCGUGUUUUUAAUGCUGCAAUAAUGGCGGUCGAAGCACAAGGUUUUAUGAAAACAUGGAAUAAGUAAAUCGUGUUUAUGCUUUUAUUUUAGGCAGGAUGAAGGUUUGGUUCAAGACAACAAUAUGGCACACGUGGCAACAAUACUUCCCUCCAGCAUUUCCAAUCCUUAAUAUCUGAAAGGGUUUCCAAAUUCAAAACUUCUUCAUUUAACUUAGCUAGCAUACAAUUGCUUUGUACGGUGGCCCACAAGUGUCACGGCAAAACAAGAAAGCUCACGGCAAAAUAAAAAAGCUCACGGCAAAAGAAGAAAGCUCACGGCAAAAGAAGAAAGCUCACGGCAAAAGAAGAAAGCUCACGGCAAAAUAAAAAAGUUCACGGCAAAACAAGAAAGUCGGCAAAAUAAUACCAUUUUACUUGUCGUAUAUAGGUGUAUUGGUCAAGACAGUUGUAGUGAUCAGGUAUCUAAAAUUCCAAUAUCAUGAAAGUAGUAUUAAAUCAUCUGUAAUUUAAAUUCUUAGCUAUACUAUCCUCAAAUGGCCGAAUUUGAUGAACAAAGCUGGAUAAGUUACUACUUUGAACAUGGUUAUGAGUACGAUGAAAUUUUACAUUUCUUAAAAGAUUACCACGAUUACAAAAUCAGUCGCAGCACGCUCUUACGUCGACUUAAAAUGUAUGGUUUACACAGACGAUCAGGCGGAGAUCUACCUGAUGAGCUUUUACAAAGGGCGCGUAAUCAAAUCCUGGCUGAUAUUACGGGGCCUCAAUCAUCAAAUGGAUAUCGAGCCGUGUGGCAUUCACUUCGUCUGAAGGGAAUACACGUACCUAGGUGUUUGGUGCAAAAUUUACUUAAAGAAGUCGAUCCUGAAGGGUCAGCAUUAAGACGAAAACAUCGUCUCAAAAGACGAACUUACAGUAAUCCUGGGCCAGACUAUGCGUGGCAUGUAGAUGGCCAUGAUAAGCUUAAACCCUUCGGUUUUCCAAUACAUGGAGCGAUAGAUGGUUAUAGCAGAAAGGUCCUGUGGCUUAAAGUUGUGCACUCGAAUAACUGUCCCCGUACCGUAGCAAACUUGUUUUUAGAUUAUGUGAAGAAUUGUGGUGGUUGCCCUGUGAAGCUUGUAACCGAUUUGGGAACUGAAAACAGUUUAACUGCUGCUUUACACGCUUAUUUUUGGGAAGACGUAGAUGCACAUAGCUACGUGCCUUCACCAAGAAAUCAAAGAAUCGAGAGCUGGUGGUCAUUUUACGUCAAAACAAGUGGUGCUUGGUGGCGAAAUUUUUUUCGCCAACUUGAAACAGAUGGAACAAUUGACAUGACAAGUGAUCUUAAUAUGGAAUGUUUGUGGUAUUGUUUUUCAGGGGUAAUUCAAAAGGAUUUGGAUGUUGUUAAAAAACAAUGGAACACUCACAGAAUACGAAAAUCUCGCUUUGAUACUGUUUCAGGCCGUCCAAAUAUUUUGUACUUUUUGCCAUCUCGUAGCGAAGGAGAAGAAAAUCUAAAAUUGUUAGUACCACGCCAAGAGUUACACAGGAUGACACAAUACAUUUCAAUAAUCAAGAAAGAAACAGAUUAUCAAGUAUAUUUUAAAUACGCUCAAAGAAUACUGCAGAUAUCAGACCCUGAAAAUUAUCAUGAAGCCCUAGUUUUAUAUAACCGAUUAAUAGUUGUUGCAGUGCAUGGUUCCUAA